AUGCUUCCACCUUCAUUCAAUACAUUUACAAGCCAUAAGGAGCUUCUUACUUAUGUUCAAUUCUUUGCUAAAAGUCAAAGUUAUGCUAUUACUAUAAAAGAACAAGUUAAACAAAUGUUUGCUGCUGGCUCCUGUCCUCGCCAAAUUUUAUCAACUAUUCAGCAGAACGAUUCUUCUUCACUAAAAGCAUCAAAUGCAACUGAAGACUUACUCCUAAGCUCUUGUACAGGAAUUCUCAGAUUAACAAUAGGAAUUCCAUGUUCACAUAUAAUUAAUGAACAUUUGAUGACUGGCCAGGCAUUGCAACAGACUAAUUUCCAUGAAUAUGGAUGGAUUCAAGAUCAUUAUCUUGAAUUUCUUAAACCUAUUUAUCCUACAAAUAAUAAUUCUGCUAAUUUCCAGCCCCUUCUUCAGUCACUUGCACAAAUGUUUCAAUUUUGGCCACCACAUCAAUAA